AUGGCCAACUCGACGAUGCAUGCGAUCGCUCCUGGCACCACAACGGGUUCGUCCGGUGGUGGCGCGGGUGGUGGUGGUGGUGGUGGUGGGGCGGCAGGGGGACAGGACUGGUCGCGUGUGCUGUCGUUCCUGGAUCGCCUGUCGCCGAUGAUGAUGGGUCGUCUGUACGAGUCGCCCUCAAGUUGUCUCUGUAUCUUCAGGUACGUGUUCCUCAUCCGAAGCUCCCUUCGGUCAAGGUCAGGUGGCGCCCGGCGAUGACGUCGGGGUCGGGUUGCGAGCUCACGUCUCGGUCUCGCGUUGAGCUGACUCGAGGUUGCCAUGAAACGACCCGAUCAGGCUGCUACCCGAGACGGCACGACACGUCGUACUCGAUAUGUUGUGGUACGACCGGCCAGUGACGUACAGCGAUCUUGCUUUGUGGAUUCGACAGCGGCGAAGCGACGGUGGCCGAGACGGCGAGCGGAGGUGAGUGUCACCGCAAACGUGCAGGGUCUCGCUCAGGGUUCACAUGGACUCACACGCCCACAACCACGCACAGGCAUCUUGACAUGACGUUGAGCGCGCUUGCGCGAUUGCACAUCCUCGCCGAACAAUUCUCGCGCCCUUCGGACCCAAAGGCAACGGCCCAUCUUGACCGCGAGGUGCAGCUGGAAGCACGGUUCCGAGCGAGUUUGAAGAUGGCAUUAACGGGAGGGUAAGUGGCCGUGUGUGGGGGGAGCUGCUGGAUGCAAGUGGCCCUUCGCUGACGUAGGGAUAUAUGGCCAACUAAGGGGUUCCCGCGGCUCCUUCGGUGAUCCCAGCGCAGAAGAGGAUGUUCAAGUCACUCCGACAUUCCUCGAUCAGUACGCCGAGACGCAAUGGGAGGUAAGUCGAAUGCGUAUCAAUCGACCCCGUCCGAUUCUUGAUCUUGGGCGUACAAGCUCACACCACACCCUGUUCAAUCCGCAGAUGAUCCAGCAUUUCAUGGUCGGCUCCUCGAUUCCGGGAAUUCAGCGACCUUCCGAUGGCGUGUUGAACUUGCUCAUGAACCGUGGACUGAUGACUGCGGCGUGGGUGGCCUCGAUCUUGUGAUGGAUUAGAGAGUGGGGAAACAACGUGCUGAUGCUGGCACGCGGAAUAUUUUGCAGUCCAAACUCGCCGAGGACACUCUUGAUUACCUCGCCCGGAUUCCAGUUUCUGCUCGAGGACAUCAACACACAGCUCUGGGAUUUGUUGCUACAAUAUCUAGAUGAAGCACCGGUCAGUUGGCCUGUGGAACCCGGGCAGCCUGUUUCAGGGUGCGAAGCUUGAUGCGCUGCUGAAGAGAUGCUGAUUACUUGCAGGAUGUUGUCGAGGUUCUUCGGUUCUUGUUCAUGCUGGCCUCCUUGGAACUCGGUCGAGUAAGCUUUCGCGAGCGGUACUUAUAGGGCCGAUCGCAUUGAGUGUUGCUCAUGCUGUGCGUGCUGUACGGCUCUAGGGUUACUCGGCGCGGAAUCUGUCAACAAUGGAGAAACGCGUGCUGCAGGAUCUGUGCGACUACGGGCUUGUGUAUCGGCCGGCCGGUGCUUCAGACGCGUACUACCCUACACGUUUGGCGACGACCUUGACAUCCUCGGCCCCGCCGCUUGUUUCUUCUCGGCAUGCCGACGAAGAGCGCGGCUUUGUAGUACUCGAGACCAACUACAAGGUGUACGCAUAUACCUCGAAUCCGCUGCAGAUUGCGGUGCUGAACUUGUUCGUGCACCUCAAGAAUCGCUUCCCGAAUUUCGUUACCGGCCAUAUCACACGCGACAGCAUUAGACGGGGGCUUUCUAAUGGUAUCACAGCAACACAAAUCAUCUCUUACCUCUCCAGUCGCGCGCACCCCCAGAUGCGCGCCGAUGCGAUCAAGGAGGGUGCAGCCUCCAUUCUCCCAACGACGGUCGUGGAUCAGAUCCGUUUGUGGGAGCAAGAGGGCCAGCGGGUGCAGACCUCCGAAGGUGGGCACCGAGUCAUGACGAAGCAAAAAGUGGAAAUAGAGUCACUUGCUGAUGUCGUACGCAUGUAUCGUAGGGUACCUAUACGACGAUUUCCUCGCCUCCUCAGAUUACGAGUUGGUGGCGAACUACGCGCGCGAUCUUGGAGCAAUGCUGUGGGAAUUGCCCUCGGCUCGCAAGAUGUUUGUCACAGUGGACGGGCAUGCACAACUAAGGUGCGUUUUCUUUGUCUUCGCGGCCAUGCGGCUCAGCCGCGCGCAAAUGAGUAUGUGA